AGAGAAGGGGAGGAAGGGAGAGGGAGAAAGAGGGGGGGAGAGAGAGGAAGAGAUUCCUGCAACAAAGAGGAAACUUUGACUGAGAUACCAGGCGAAGACACUGCUUGGGGAAAGACCUUGCUGCAUGCACCAGGUAGACAGCUGAGAGAAGGAGAGGGUAUGAAUGGGAGUCAGGAGGACUCCUCUGGGAGCCUGGUUUCUGGCAUUGAGGGGCUUCCCCCCUUGCCCAAGGGUCUGAGCGGGAUCCUCAAUUCCAGCGGCGGUUCCUGGAGGGACGUGGAGAGGCUCUACGCCAAGAAGACUAUGAUCCAGGAUGAGCUGAGCCGGCCCCACUUGGCCACCGAGAAGUUCCUGAGGAACAAGCCGGCCAAUCUGGACGCAGCCCUGGCCUUAUUGAGGAAGGAGAUGGUAGGCCUGCGACAGCUCGACAUGUCCCUCCUCUGCCAACUGUGGUCGCUGCACGAGUCCAUUCAGGACUACAAGGGCCUGUACCAGGACAUGACCUCGUCCAUGCACUCCUAUGCCUCGGAAAAUCCCGACUAUGAUGACGAGGAUGAGUUGGAAGCCGACGAGGACGGCUCGGACCGCUGCAAGGACGACGUGGCGCACAAGAGUCUGAAAGUCCCCCCGACGCAGAACUCCCGGGACAAGUGGCUGCAGGAUUCUUUCCACAUUACAAUAUAAUUAUAUCGCUUCCAGGUUCUGCCUUUCCUUUUGUAAAAAAAAAAAUUCAUUCCUGCGAUGUGUUUUUCACCGGCAGGGACGAGCAUUGUCAUCCCUCGUGGAAGUGGUGGUGAGCUGAGAGACUGGGCUCCCGUUACCUAAAUGGGGCGGUUAGGGGGUCAGGAAGGCAGAUUUCUUUUCCCGUAGCGAUGUUAGGGGACUUAGAGCAGCCUCAUGACCGCACAGAUUCCCGAGCGGGGCAGGCAGGGUC